CCACUGUCGUCGUAUCCAAGACAAUUCUCAAAGGUGACAACCAAGCAAGGCCCACUCCCAGCCUCCUCUGGUCAAUACGAGAACACAAUCAUCUUGUUGUCAAGUCCUGCACCCCUGUAUUGACACAUCCGCUGCUGACGUAGAAUUCUUCUAUGCGUGGCUGGAAGACAACUUAAUCUGCUGCAGGUUUUUAAGAACUCUACGGUAGCUGCAUAUGCCGGCAUUUUCUCAUCUUUCUCUGCAUUUCCUCCAGCAGACCAUCCCCUCCCACCUAUAUCGCACUCUUCUUGUAUUAUACCGAUACAAGCAUCCUAGCGUUCCCAGUUCUGAUCUCAACCUUCUGCCAACUUUGAUCACGCUCGCAAUCAGAGUGGACUGAUCAAUUCUUCCUAUUUCUUGCGUCCUUUCGCGGAUUUCUUUUCUCUGUACAUUACACAUCGAUCUGCAUAAUGAUUUCAAGGUCCAUCUUCACGUUUGCAGCGGCUGCACUGCUGUCCUGCCAGAAUGUCGCGGCGCAAACAUAUUCGUCGUGCAAUCCUCUCUAUUCCACUGGAUGUCCAGCAGAUACCGCCUUGGGCAAAGCAAUCAGUGUUGAUUUUACGAAAGGCUCCGUCAACUCCUUCACAGCCUCCGGAACUCCCACCUACGACUCGAGCGGCGUCCAUUUCACCGUUGCGGAAUCAGGCGAUGCACCGCAACUGGCCAGUGUCUUUUACAUCAUGUUUGGCAAGGUUCAGGUCACAAUGAAGGCAGCUCCGGGCGCAGGAAUCGUCAGUACGUUGGUACUAGAAUCGGACGACCUCGACGAAAUUGACAUGGAAUGGCUGGGAGCGGAUAGUACGGAGGUUCAAACAAAUUACUUCGGCAAAGGAGAUGUUACGACGUACAAUCGGGGCGCUUUCAAUCCAGCAGCCAACAAUCAGGGCGAAUUCAUUACCUAUACCGUGGAAUGGACUUCGGAGCAAAUCACUUGGUCUGUUGGGAGCACAAUUGUACGAGUUUUGACACCUGCAACGGCCGAUUCAAACCAAUACCCGCAAACACCGAUGCGAGUCAAGUUUGGUUCUUGGUCAGGAGGUGAUCCUUCCAAUCCGGCGGGAACCAUUGCCUGGGCUCGAGGUCCGACCAACUACGCAGAUGGUCCAUUCACAAUGACCGUCCAAUCCGUUGCGGUUACCGAUUACUCAACUGGAACGCAAUACAAAUAUGGCGAUACCAGUGGCGACUGGGAGUCAAUUGAAGCAGUUGGGGGAUCUGUGAAUGGUAAUUCUGGCGGAGCAGCAAGCACGGUAGCCUCAGCAGAUGUGCCUGCAGUGACUUCUGCAUCACCGUCCAUCCCAGCAGGACUUGGAGACACCCAUGGCUCGACCUCGACUCUGACAGGUUGGCCUUGGGUAGCAUCUACGACUCUUUCCACAGCAACUCAAGCCGUGACUUCCACUGCCGGCAUUCCCAGCGGAUGGAUCAUCACUUCAUCCGGAAAAAUCGUGCCUGCAAGUUCUGCGGCAACAUUAGCAACAUCAACCCUCUACUCUUCAGUGGUCCAAUCGCCAUCGCCAUCAUCGCCGCCAUCGGGCGCUGGCCUUGAAUAUUCGACUGGCUACGACAAUCAAGGAUUCCUUACCACAUAUACCUUCACAGCAGGGUACCAAACUCUUCCAAAAUCCUACGACAAUCAAGGGUUCUUAAUCACGGCUACACCAACAACUACAGCCUUGGCAACAACGUCCGAUGCUGCUUGUUUCGGGCAAAAUUGUGGUGCGAACGGAAAAGUGGUUGGUAUAAGCACUUCGAGUGCACUUGCAGCGAAAAACACUGCGAUAUGGCAUAGUAUCGCGUUUCUUGGAGUGGGCGCGGCAUUAGCUGAGAGAAUCUUGCUCUAGAAAAGAGCUUGUGUAUUAUUCGAAUGGAAGAGGUAAAAAAAAGGGAAUGGCGUUCCGGGAUGGACACAUGAUUGAUUAAAUCAUGGGAUGGAAACGAUUAUGAUGAGAUGAUGAUAAUACCCACACUGUAGCUACUACUGGACCGUAAUAAUGAAAUAUUUUCCAUCGAG